AUGAGUGACGGAGAUUCCAGGAGCGUACCCAUCGCCAUUAUUGGCAUGGGUUGCAGAUUUGCAGGAGAUGCGACCAGUCCUGAAAAGCUCUGGAAGAUGCUAGAAGAGGGUAGGAGUGCCUGGAGCGAAAUCCCACCGUCUAGAUUCAAUCUUGAGGGUUGGUAUCAUCCGAGCCAGGAAAAUAUCAGCACGACAAAUGUGCGAGGUGGUCAUUUCCUAAAGGAAGAUCUGGCUUUGUUUGAUGCAACAUUCUUUGGUCUUUCGGCUGAAACAGCUGCGAAGACAAUGGAUCCUCAAUAUCGGCUGCUGUUGGAAUCUGUUUAUGAGUCGCUGGAAAAUGCUGGUAUCCCGCUGGAGCAAGCUGCCGGCUCAAACACGUCUGUUUUCUCCGGUGCCUUCUUUCAUGACUACCAGGACGGCCAUAUGCGAGACGCUGAGAAUCUACCUCGCUUCCUAAUGACGGGCAAUGGUGCUGCCAUGGCCUCGAAUCGCGUGUCCCACUUCUUCGAUCUGCUCGGACCGAGUAUCACAGUUGAUACGGGCUGCAGUACCACGCUCACCGGACUGCACCAAGCAUGUCAGAGUCUGAAAACCGGGGAUGCAGAUAUGUCUAUCGUUGGCGGCUCAAAUCUCCUCAUUAACCCAGACUUUUUCAUCACUGUCUCAACUUUGGGGAUGCUUUCGCCGGAUGGAAAAUCAUACUCUUUCGAUAGUCGAGCAAAUGGAUACGGUCGCGGGGAAGGCAUUGCUUCCAUUGUGCUCAAGAGACUGGAUGAUGCGAUCAGAGAUGGAGACCCUAUCCGAGCAGUGAUACGAGAGACGCAUCUAAACCAGGACGGAAAGACGGAAACUAUAACUUCACCCAGUCCGAAAGCCCAGGAACGACUUAUCAGAUCUUGCUACCAGAAAGCCGGGAUUGACCCUCGUUCCAUCCAAUAUUUUGAGGCCCAUGGUACCGGCACGCCCACCGGUGAUCCGAUCGAGGCUGGUGCCAUUGGUAGUGUAUUUGGGAAAGGCAGAUCGGCGACAGACCCCUUGUUCAUCGGGUCUGCCAAAACUAACCUAGGUCACACUGAGCCAACAAGUGGCCUAGCGAGUGUGAUCAAAGUCGCGAUGGCUCUAGAGAGACGCGUGAUCCCGCCAAGCAUCAACUUUGAGAAGCCGAACAAGCGCCUUUUGCUGGAUAAAUGGAAUCUCAAGGUUCCCAGAAAGUGCGAGGAAUGGGUUCCUGGAACUGAUGGAGUCCGCCGGGCAUCCGUGAAUAACUUUGGGUACGGAGGAGCAAAUGCCCAUGUCAUCAUGGAGGAAUGGCCAUCUCAAGCUCUGCAAAACGGAAAUGGGCAGCCCAACGGAAUCGGUCUAGCCAAUGGCAUUGGCAAUGGGAAUGGUAAUGACCAUUUCCACGAAAACGAGAGCACCAACGGUAACGGAUACAAGCUUGCUCGGCAUCGAUCGAGGAUUUUUAUCCUGAGCGCAAAGGAUGAGCUUACCUGCCGUCAAAUGGCGUCCAAUCUUAAGGACUACCUCUUGUGUUUGGACCUGGCUAGUGAAGAAGAAGAAAAAUUCCUCAACGAUCUCUCUUACACAUUGAGCCAACGCCGUAGCCGCUUUCCAUGGGUCAUAACAUGUGCUGCGGAAUCGGUUUUGGGUCUCAUCACCUCGCUCGAGAAUGAGAGAAUUAAGCCAACUCGAAGCAAUAGCGAUCGACCAAGACUUGGAUUUGUCUUUACAGGUCAAGGUGCUCAGUGGUAUGCAAUGGGACGAGAGCUCCUAGAAGUAUACCCCGUUUUCAAGGACUCAAUUCUUGAAGCGGAAAGGUAUCUCAAAGAAUUCGGUGCUGAUUGGUCGCUUGUGGACGAAUUGCGUCGAGACGCUAAAACUAGCAGAGUCACUGAGACGUCUUUGGGGAUGCCAAUGUGUGCUGCUCUGCAGAUAUCUAUUGUGCGCCUUCUUGAAUCAUGGGGCGUAACUCCUACCGCUGUGAGCAGUCACUCAAGUGGAGAGAUUGCGGCUGCAUAUGCCGUUGGGGCUAUGAGCUUCCGGUCUGCCAUGGCUGCGUGCUACAGUCGUUCCGAGGUUACUUCGGGACUUACAAACAGAGAAGGCGGCAUGAUAGCGGUAGGCCUAGGUGCUGAGGCAGUUGAGAAAUAUCUCAAGAAAGUCAAGAAUGGCGAGGCCAAGGUGGCAUGCCUCAACAGUCCUACCAGCGUAACUGUAUCUGGAGACGCUGGCGCUGUCGAGGAGCUCGAAGCAAUGCUAAACGAGGCCAACAUUUUUGCUCGCCGUCUUCGUGUUCGAACUGCGUUUCACUCACAUCAUAUGCAGACCCUUUACGACCCCUAUCUCAAAGGUAUGCGGGCAAUUGGAGUGGGCAAGGAAAAACGGACAAUAAAACCCAUCAUUUACGCCUCGCCCACUACUGGAACUCGCAUGAGUGAUGCGGCCGAAAUCGCCAAUCCAGAGCACUGGGUUAAGAGUAUGUUAAGUCCCGUCCAGUUUAUAGAUGCAUUCCGGGAGAUGGCUCUCGACCUAUCCACCGGACAGAGUGCAAUCGACAUAGCUAUCGAAGUCGGACCUCAUGCCGCACUCUCAGGCCCUAUUGCGGAUAUUCUCCUUCUUCCCGAAUUCAAGGAUAGCAACAUCUCAUACAUGUCUUGCCUGAUCCGGAAGUCCAGUGCAGUGAACACAAUGCAGGCGUUAGCUGGUCAGUUGAUAUCCAUGGGCUUCCCCGUAGACAACAACGCAGUCAAUUUUCCACUCGGCAAAACUGAUGUUAGUGUUUUGCACGACUUGCCUCCCUAUCCCUGGAAUCACCAGGUGCGUCACUGGUCUGAGCCCCGGGUCAACAGAUCUCAUCGGGAUAAGCAGUUCAAACAUCAUGAUCUGCUUGGAUCUCUUGUGAAGGGAGCCAACACCUAUGCACCCACUUGGAGAUAUGUGAUCAGACCUGCAGAGCUCCCUUGGGUUAGGGACCACACUGUUCAAUCAAAUAUAAUUUACCCUGGAGCAGGAUAUAUUUGCAUGGUCAUCGAGGCCGCCCGUCAGCUCAGCCAGACAAAUAACGAAUCCAUCUCUGGUUACCGACUCCAAGAUGUGGAAAUCCAGCAGGCACUUGUGAUUCCUGAAGGUUCGGAAGGAGUGGAAGUCCAGACCACAAUCAUGCCUGUGGGCAAAAAGGACAUCGGUGUCAAGGGUUGGAGGAAGUUCCAGAUCUUCUCAGCUGGGCUUGACAACAAAUGGACCGAGCAUUGCACGGGCCUAAUUCACGUUGUCUUCGACAACGUGAAUAAUGAUGGUGGCAGAUGGAGUUGGCUAGGUCCAGAUUCUGAACCCAAGCCUCUCCGAGGGUAUCCGAAGACUAUUGACGCAGGACAAAUCUAUGCCGACAUGAGAUCUCUUGGAAUUUGUCAUGGUCCAGUGUUUCAAAACCUUGAAGAUGUCCAGGUAGCCGACAAGCAAUCGGUAAGCAUCUUAUCUGUUGCUGAUGUUGCAUCGAUCAUGCCUGCAAACUACCAACAUGAACAUGUUCUGCAUCCCACCACGCUUGACUCAAUCUUCGUUUCGGCAUAUGGCGCCCUUCUGGGAUCGAAUUCCCACCUAAACAGCCCACACGUCCCCAAGAAAAUCAAGACGUUGUGGGUGUCUUCCAAAAUAGUCUCUCAAAGCGGGUACAGAUAUAAAAGUUAUGUCAAGGUGCACCACACCGACUCAAAAAGCUUCCAGUCCGCCAUUUCCUUGUUCGAUGCAAAAGAAGACGGGGAUGCAUCAAAUGAGCCUGUCCUGGCUAUGGAUGGUUUUGUUUGUCAGUCCGUCGGAGCAGGUAUUCCUCGCCAACUAGAUCUCCACCAUGAUGAUAUCUGCAGUACACUGCAAUGGGCCCCCGAUAUUUCAUUCAUGGACACAGCACAUUUGAAACAGGAGCUCAUUUUCCCCGUUGAUCAGGAAGAGGAAGGUGUCAUCCUGGAUCUCAGACGUGCCUGCUUUCACUACGUGCACUGUGCCCUAGGGAGCCUAACCUUAGCCGAUGUGCAGCAGCUAGAGUGGCAUCACCAGAGGUUCUACGCAUGGAUGAAACUGCAAGUCACGCAGGCUCUUCAUGGAGAGCUCGGACCCGGAAGCUCCAAGUGGGUGGAGGAUACCACGGAAGAUAAAAGAAAGCUCUUCAAAUCGGUUCAAGCCUCCAGUGUAAAUGGUGAGGUGAUCUAUCGCCUAGGGCCGCAGAUCGCGGCCAUGCUGAGGCGCGAGGUAACGCCCCUGGAGCUAUUGAUGGAGGACAAGCUGCUGUACAAAUAUUACCGCCACGCCCUGAAGUUCGAUCGGGCGAAUGUCCAGCUAAGCAAGAUCAUACGGCACAUUGUGCACAAGAAUCCUCGAGUCAAGAUACUCGAGAUUGGUGCGGGUACCGGUGGUACAACUCGAUCAUUGCUUGACGUUAUUGGAAACGGAAAGCAAUCUGGGUUUGGACCCCUCGCGUCCGAAUACCACUUCACGGACGUUUCAUCUGGCUUUUUCGUUGAGGCCCAGGAGCAAUUUGCGGACUGGAAUGACAUUCUCAUAUAUCGGAAGCUAGAUAUCGAAGCUGAUCCCGCAAAGCAGGGCUUUGAGCUCGGCAGCUACGAUGUCAUUGUCGCGUGUCAGGUUCUGCAUGCCACCAAGCGCAUGAAGACCACCAUUGAAAAUGUGCGCAGGUUGCUGAAGCCAGGUGGCAAGCUUCUGAUGAUGGAGAGCACAAAGAAUCAAGUUGAUAUGCAACUUACCUUUGGCCUGCUUCCUGGGUGGUGGCUAAGCGAAGAAGAGGAACGGAAAUUAAGUCCGAUCAUGCAAUCUCCGUCCUGGGACAGAGUGCUGAAGGCAGCCGGAUUCAGCGGACUCGAUUUAGAUGUGCACGACUGCGAAAGUGAGGAAACCUACUCAUUCAGCGUUAUCAUGUCCACAGCACAACCCGAGGAGCCAAGCAUUUCUCACGCCGAGCCGGCUGUGAUCGUCACUGGUGACACUUCUUCCUAUCAGGAUGAGGUUUGGCUGAGGGCACUUCAGGAGUCCAUUGCCGCUGCAACCGGUGGUAGUCUUCCGAUCAUUGAAUCGUUUAACUCGACUGAUGUGACUGGAAAGAAUUGCAUCUUCUUGGGAGAGAUGCACCAGUCACUGCUACAGAAACCUUCACCAGCAGAGUUUGAGGCGAUUAAGGCGUUUUCUUUAAAGUGUAAAAAUCUUCUUUGGGUUACUCGGGGCAGUGCUGUGAACUGCGAGAACCCCAAGCUUGCUUUGAGCACUGGUUUUCUCCGAAGUCUUCGACAGGAAAAUGGCGGCAAGAGGUACAUCACAGUGGAUCUAGACCCGCGGGCCCCUACGUCGAGGGAGCACGAUGCAUCCGUUGUCGCGACAGUCUUUGCGUCAACUAUCGGCCGCUCUAUUGCCGAUAACGACUCUGCACAAGACUUUGAAUUUGCGGAGCGAAAUGGUACAAUCCUCAUUCCCAGACUAGUCAAGGACUUUGCAAGAAAUAGCUUCGUCUCUGUCGAUAAUAACCAGGACGUGAAAUCUCAACCAGAGCUUUUUCAACAGCCUGGUCGCCCAUUGAGAUUGAAUAUUGGCACAACAGGACUCCUAGAGACCUUAUCUUUCAAUCAUGCCCUCGAGGAUAAUGUCGAUUUAGGCUCAGAUUUCAUCGAGAUCGAGCCCAAGGCCUUUGGCCUCAAUUUCCGAGAUGUAAUGGCUGCUAUGGGCCAGCUCAACGAACAAGUUAUGGGCCUUGAAUGCUCGGGAAUCAUUGUGCGCAUUGGUGGCGUUGCUGCGUCAAAGGGCUUUGCUGUUGGAGAUCGCGUCUUUGCAUUACUGAAUGGCCAAUACACAAGUCGCGUUCAAGUGCCCUGGACGACUGUCUGUCGCAUGCCCGAUGAUCUAGACUUCGAGACAGCUGCAUCUAUUCCCAUGAUUUACGCCACCGCGUACAUGUCCUUAUAUGACAAGGCUCGAUUGUGCAGGGAUCAGUCAAUCCUGAUCCAUGCAGCGACGGGCGGCGUUGGUCAGGCAGCAAUCAUUCUAUCUCAACUUGUUGGAGCUAAGGUGUUCGCCACGGCUGGUACCUCAGAAAAGCGCGCUUUCAUCACCAGCAAAUACGGUAUACCCGCAGAUCAUGUGUUCUCCAGUCGAGACGCAUCAUUUGUUCCCAAACUGAUGUCGAUGACGAGCGGACGUGGUGUCGACGUCGUCCUGAACUCCUUGUCGGGUCAGCUUCUCCAAGAGACCUUCAACUGCCUCGCUCCUUUUGGCCAUUUCGUAGAGAUUGGGAAGUUCGACCUGGAGCGAAACAACCAUCUCGAGAUGAUGCCUUUUACUCGUGUGGCAUCCUUCUCUUCCAUCGACCUGCUCGCGCUCGUUAGACUGGGGAGUCCUCAUAUCUACCGGGUGUUGGCAAGUAUCGCUCGACUUAUUGAGCAGAAGGUGAUAAGUCCAGUAGGCCCUGUCACGGUCUUUCCCCUUUCCGAUAUUGAGAAGGCGUUCCGACAGAUUCAAGCUGGUAAGCAUAUGGGGAAAAUUGUCCUAUCCGUUGGCCCACAGGAGAUCGUUCCGGUCGUUUCACGCAAACAUUAUGCUAGGCUUCGUUCCGAUGCGUCUUACCUCAUCGCCGGUGGCGUGGGUGGAAUUGGGCGAUCGGUCUCUCGAUGGCUACUUACGCACGGCGCAAAAAACCUAAUUCUCGUAUCUAGGAGUGCCGCUGCUGGGGGCCGGACAGCCUUGUUUGUUGACGAGCUUCAGUGCUCCUACCCAGGAUCUAAAGUCAGAGUAAUCGGAUGUGACAUCUCCAAUAAGGAUAGCUUUGCUCUUGGAUUGGAAAAAAUUGCCGCGGAACUUCCGCCAAUCCGGGGUGUUGUCCAGGCUGCAAUGGUGCUCGACGAUUCCAUUCUCGAGAACAUGACAAUCAACAACUAUAAUGCAGCUAUCCAGCCCAAGGUACAGGGAACAUGGAACCUCCAUCAGCAGCUCGGUUCUGAUCUGGACUUUUUCAUUAUGCUCUCCUCUCUCGCUGGUGUAAUCGGAAACGCCAGUCAGAGCAACUACACAGCUGGCGGAGCCUUCCAGGACGCGCUCGCCAGGCAUCGAGUGGCCAAAGGUCUUCCAGGAGUGGCUCUCGAUAUUGGCGCUGUCAAAGAUAUCGGAUAUGUGGCAUCAAACAAGGGCGUGUAUGAGCGUCUGAAGAAAAUGGGCUACCGAUUGCUUGCAGAGGAGGAAAUCAUGUCCGCCAUAGAAUCAGCCAUCCUUGAUCCUUGCCCACAAGUCAUGGUCGGAAUUAACACUGGCGGUGGUUCUUCUGACUCGAUUCUGGCUCGAGACUCACGGUUCAGUGCCCUGCGCUUUACUAAACCAGCCAACGGCAGCAAUAGUGCAUCCAAGGCUAGCAGCGUAGCCGGUAGUCUCGCUGGUAAGCUGUCUUCUGCCGAAUCCCUACAUGAGGCAGCUGGCUUGGUUAUGGAAGCUUUGGUCCAGAAGUUGGUGGACAUUUUCAUGAUUCCUGCGGAGGAGGUCAUACCUGCCAAGUCGAUGGCAGCUUUUGGCGUCGAUUCCCUUGUUGCUGUCGAGCUGCGGAACAUGCUAGCUUUGAAGGCGGGAUCAGAGGUUUCGAUUUUUGACAUAAUGCAGAGUCCGUCUCUCGCAGUCCUCUGCGACAAGGUCGCGUCAACCAGUGGCUUUGUUGUUGUUUGA